CGUUGUCAUGUUGUUGUAGCGUCAUUACUUUGAAACUAAUAUGUCUUCUUACAAGCCUGGAAAUUGUAAGCGAGAAGAGUUCAGGAAGUAUUUGGAAAAAUCUGGAGUGAUCGAUGCACUCACAAAGGUACUUGUAGGUUUGUAUGAAGAGCCAGAAAAACCGGAUAAUGCUCUAGAAUUUAUGAAGAAGCACCUACAAGCAGAAAGUCCAGAUCCUUCAGAUGUCGAAGCAAUGAAAGUAGAAAUUUCAGAAUUAAAACAAAAGGUAGAGAUGUUAGAAAGUGAAAAUGCUGAAUUGAAACAAAGCAUAAAUCAACAAUUAACACCAGGAAUCGCAAUAAGUGAUGGCAAUAUUUAAUGAAUUGAUGUUUAACAAAAAACACUUCAAACUGGUAAUAUUCUAACAUAAAAUGAAUUUUAAGUUUUUUAACUGCAAAGGAAUGUUAAAUUGAUAAUGUUUUAGGCGUAAAUAUUGUUGGGUGUCGUAUGAAUGUAGGCAACAGUCAAGAAACCGAAAACAUGAGUUUCUCUCCUACUGAUACUAAAAAUAUAGCUAUAAAAAUCAAUAAAACAUAGUUGACACCGG